GUUCUUUAGCAAACAUUCCUCAGUGUUGAAGUUUCAACGGGCAUACAGAAAAGUUUCUGACGAAAAUGCUCAGCACGAUAUAGACAGUUGAACAGCAUGAAUCGCUAUAGUACUGAACAACGUGAAGAAGUUUGAAAUUAAAGGGAAUCUGCGUUUAGCGGAUGCUUGGGAUAUUUCUUAUUGUUUUGCACUGAGAGAGUGUAGUUGAAAUGAAAACGUUUUCGUUACUGUUUGCGAUGGUUUUCUUUCCCAGUACUUGUAACUCGAAGUUCACUUUCCCCCUAAAGAUUUACCCUGGAAACUUCAAUUCGUCCGUGGACAUAGAUUUCAGUUCUUUGGAGAAAAAUGAAUCUAGUUCGACAAAUGGGAUUUCUUUGGCAACAGACCCCAGUGGGAAAGUUAACUUUUUGCAAAUGGUCAACAACUUACAAGGAGACUCAGGUCGUGGCUAUUAUAUAGAGAUGUUACUGGGAACUCCGUCUCAAACGCUGAAUGUACUGGUAGACACAGGGAGCAGUAACUUUGCAGUGGCUGGUGCUCCUGACCCCUACAUUACUCACUUCUUCAAUUCGAAACUCUCCAGUUCAUACCAGUCCUCUGGAAUGGAUGUCUCUGUGAGAUACACAAAAGGAAACUGGGUGGGCAAGCUUGGCACAGACAUCGUCACCAUUCCGAAGGGACCCAAUGGCACCGUCACCGUCAACGUUGCCACUAUUCUGCAAUCUGAGAAUUUCUUCUUGCCCAGAGUGAACUGGCAAGGGAUUCUGGGGCUGGCCUACAAAAUGCUGGCUAGGCCGGACAGUUCAGUGGAGCCUUUCUUUGACUCUCUGGUGAGGCAGACUGGGAUCCCAGACAUGUUCUCCCUGCAGAUGUGCGGAGCAGGAAUGUCAGCUUCCAGCACUUUGGAUCCCCUGGGAGGUGGUCUGGUCAUGGGUGGGAUUGAACCAACUCUGUACAAGGGGUCUAUAUGGUACACCCCCAUUAAGGAGGAAUGGUAUUACCAGGUGGAGGUCCUUAAGCUAGAGGUUGGGGGCCAGAAUUUAAACCUUGACUGUCAAGAGUACAACACUGACAAAGCCAUUGUCGACAGUGGGACGACGCUUCUGCGCCUCCCGCAGAAUGUGUUUAACGCUGUCGUGGAUGCCAUUAUCAGAACAUCCUUGAUCCAGCAGUUUUCCAGUGGUUUCUGGACUGGCACCAAAUUAGCCUGCUGGACGAAAGGAGAGACACAGUGGAGCUUCUUCCCAAAAAUCUCCAUCUAUCUGAGGGGAAUGAAUGCCAACCAGUCCUUCCACAUCACCAUCCUACCGCAGCUCUACAUUCAGCUCGUGGCCGAUGUUGAUGACACACUUGAGUGUUACCGCUUCGGCAUCACGUCCUCCACCAGUGGCUUAGUGAUCGGCGCCACGGUGAUGGAGGGCUUCUAUGUGACCUUUGACCGGGCUCAGAAGAAGAUUGGCUUUGCAGUUAGCACCUGUGCAGAAAAAAACGGCUCCCCUCUGUCGGAGAUCGGAGGUCCGUUCCUGGCCUCGGACAUUUCCAGUAACUGUGCAGAGACACCAGCAAUACGGGAGCCGGUCCUGUGGAUCAUCUCCUAUGCGCUGAUGGGCCUGUGCGCAUUCAUUCUCAUCAUCCUGGUCAUCCUGCUGCUCGUGCCUUGUCGUCAUGGCGACGAUACAGAGGGAGGAGUCACUGACGAGUCCUCCCUCAUUCGCCACCGAUUCAAGUGAAAUGAAGACCGUAAACCGUUGAGAGAUGAUGUGCUGCAAAUCGUGCCUGCAAACAGAGCUGGGGAAAAGAGAGACUGAUAACCUGCGGCACACUGAUGGCAAUGUCUGUAAUAUCUGCACUUUGAAAUCUUGUUAAUAACCUGUCCCUCCCCAAGUAGAAAGAAAGGAUGCAACCUUCUGGGUUAAAAGUGGGAUAUAUAUUUUUUUUAACUGUUCGACCACAUCUGACUGUUUCAAGCCCUGGCACAAAGUAACUCACUUGGAGAAAGAAGCCACCUAUUCCAGUCAAGCCAUUCGAUAGAUAAAUGCAUAUAUAAAAUGAGAUGUCAGUAAUAGUUACUGGAAUAAGUCUGUAACUGGGGAGAGUGGGGAGGAGGGGUAAUAUUGAUUAGUGUUAUGUCUGACAAAUAGAACAUGAGUGUUUGUGUAAUACAUGCGUGUAUUAAUGUAAAUGCAUGUACUUGAUGUAUAUUCAUUUUGAGAUGGACCAAUGUGUAUUAUUGAUAACAAUGGAUCACUGUGACCAUCUGGUUGAUUUUUUAAAUUUUUGUUCUGUAAAUGAAACACUGGUCUGACGUUCUGGCUGUUGACACCUUCGGUUUGCACAUAAAAUCCUUGUCUCAAACUGUA